AUGACGGUUGUUACCUCUAGACGUCUUCAAAUAUCGUCGUCCAUAACAUACGAAUACUACUUUACUAAAGCUUCGAAUUCCACCUUACCAAAUCUCCUCUUCUUGCACGGGUUUCCCUCCACUGCGAUCGACUUCCACCAACAACUAGAGCACUUCGCCUCUCAGGGUUACGGUGUCCUCGCGCCGGAUCUUCUUGGCUACGGCGGAACGUCCAAGCCCCAUGACCUGGAAGAAUACACAUGGCGCAAGAUGAGUAAUCACGUCAAAACCAUACUGGACGCGGAGAACCUCGACUCUGUGAUAGGCGUAGGCCACGAUCUGGGUUCAUGGUUCCUCAGCAGACUGUACCACUUUCAUCCUUCCCGGUUCAAGGGUUUGGUAUUCUUAGACGUCGGAUACUCUGUACCCGGGGAGAAGUUCGAUGUCGAGAUGAUCAACCGAAUGACAAAAGAGAUGACCGGCGAAGAGAGAUUUCGGUACUGGAACCUCUUUACGGAUGACGAAGGGGUGGCCCUGAUGAAUCGAAAUGCCGAGUCUAUGAUAUCACUCAUGCAUGCUUCACCUGAAGUCAUGGCUGCAAAUCUCGGGCCGCCCGGGAAGGCUAGAGACUGGGUCUUCUCUGCAAGAAUUGCGCCAACCCAUUCUUUUGCCGACGGUGAAGUUCAGAAAAACGAAUACUUCUUGACAAAGGUUGAUUCGUUCAAGAAAGGCGGAUGGACAGGCCCGACAAACUGGUACAAGGCGCUCCGUAAUAACCUGUCUUUUGAAGAUGAGAAGGACAUGAAAAAGGAGAUUGAAGUCCCUGUGUUACUUAUUGGCUGUGGACGAGACGAAAUGACGGUAGCCUCAUUGCAGGAUCAGAUGACGAGGCCGUGGGCAAAGGCCGGGUAUUAUUUUGAGGUGCUCGAAACAGGACACUGGGUCAUGCAUGAGGAUGGUGAGGGAACUAUUCGAUUGCUGCAAGGGUUUCUUGGGAAAUUUGAGUAA